GAGCCGGGCAGAGCCCAGCCGGGCAAAGCCGAACCAAGCCGAGUCGAGUCGAGCUGCGCUGAGCGCUGAGCCGAGCCGGGCCAGGUAGAGCGGCGCCGAAUCGGGCAGAGCCGCGCCGCACCGAGCCGAGCCGAGCCGGGCAAGAGCCGGGACGCGCCGGGGCGCUACCUCCACCACCGCUCCGGAGUGUUCAGCACCGCGGGCACGGACAGCGCCCGCCGCCGCCGGCCAUGGAGGCCGCGCCCGCCCCGCCGCCCCGGGAGCCGCGGCCCGAGGGGACGCGCCGCGGUCGCGACCCCGCCUCGCCCAGGGAAAAACAAAAUGCAGGACCUUGCCAGACCUGCCUUGCCAUGCCAGAGAUUGGGAAUGCUGAGCUCAGCUACAGUGGCACUUCCUGGGAAAAAAUCUGCCCAGUCCAUCACUGCCCCAUUCCUGCAUCCCCCGGGCUGGGAGAAGACAACCUGCCCUCCUCCAGCCACACGCUUGGGCCAGUCUCCACCCAGUCCAACGGGCAGGUGCCAGCCAGCUGCCAGGACUCCCAGCAGCAGCACCCGUACUACCCCUGCAGCCAGGAGGAGUCCCGAGGCAGCUACGGCCUGCCCUCACUCCCUGGGCACGGCGAGAGGCCCGUGCUGUGCUCCCACCUCUCCAGCGGGGACCUUGAGGCCGCCUCCCACCCCGAGGCCUCGGAAACGCCCUGGAAGCAGUGGUCCCCCGGGCAGCGGCGGCCGGUGCAGCACCACGUUGUGACAGUCAGACAUGACAAAGCUUUCAGGAUGCCAAAAAGUUACUCGCAGCUGCUGGCGGAGUGGCCGCUGGCCGUGCUGCUGCUGUGCUCCGUGGCGGCGGCCGUCUGCAGCGUGGCUGGGCUGCUGCUGGGGAACCUGCCUGACUUUGCACAGCCCCUCAUGGGUUUCGAGCCACGGGACACCGACAUUGGGAGGAAGCUCAUUGUGUGGAGGAAUAUUGAGAGCCAUACAGGCUACAAGAAGACUCUUUCCCUUUCUCCCUAUGCCAAGAAGAAAAGCUAUGAUGACCUUGGCAUUGGCAGAGGACAGAAGGCUGCUCAGGGAGAACAAGCAGCGAGGACACGGAGAAUGGUGGAAACCAGCUACGGAGCAGAUGGAUUCUUCUGUGGUCCCCCAGAAAAGAGCUAUUCCCAGCUGGUAUUUAUGUCCACAACUGCUGGGAGCUUAUGGAACUUGCAAGCAAUUCAGUCUAUGUGUCAAAUGGAACAAGACAAGAUACGCUCCCACGUGCAUUUUAGAGACCUCUGCCAGCGCACUGAAGCCAACGAAUGCUGCCCAAGCUGGUCCCUGGGGAACUACAUUGCUGUCCUGUACAACAGGUCUUCCUGUCUGGAGAUAACCCAAGGGGACAUCUCCCACACGCUGGCCCUGCUCCGUGCCUGUGCCCCAGACUACCACCGAGGUGUCCUCACUCCCUCCUGCAUAGGCCCCGAAGCUGCCAGGCAGAAACACUCUCAGUGUGCCCAAGUCCCAGAAAAAUGUACCCGCUUCAAUGCCAUCUACCAGCUGCUUCACUUCCUGGUUGACAGGGACUUUCUCAGUCCCCAGACAAUGGAGUACCAAGUGCCCUCUCUCAAAUACAGCCUGCUUUUCCUGCCUACAAGAAAAGGUGCAUCUAUGAUGGGGAUCUACUUGGACAACCUUGAAACCUGGGAUCUGUUUGAUAACUACACAUCUAUCACUGGAAUGGACCUGGGCCUUAAACAGAAACUAUUCCAGCACUACCUUUUACUCGAUACUAAGUAUCCAGUCCUGGCAAUAUUAGCUAUUUUUCUAAGCAUUUCUUUUUAUUUACGCUCAGUGUUUAUUACCCUGAUGGUCUUGCUCGCUGUUGUCAGUUCUUUGAUGAUCUCCUACUUCUUGUACAAGGUGGCCUUCAGAUUCACCUAUUUCCCUUUUGUAAACCUGACAGCAGUCAUCAUUCUCAGCAGCAUUUGUGCCAACCACACUUUUGUCUUCUUCGACCUGUGGAACCUCAGCAAGAGCCAGAACCCUUCCGCCGGGCUCGCUCAGUGGGUGAGUCAAACCAUGCACCACUUUGCCUAUCUCAUGCUGGCCUCGUGCUUCACAACUGGUGCUGCCUUCUACGCCAGCUACAUCAGCAACAUCACAGCCAUCCGCUGCUUCGCUGUCUACAUGGGCACCUCGGUGCUGGUGAACCUGGUUUUCAUGAUGACCUGGCUGCCCUCUUCGGCCGUGCUCUACGAGCGCUACAUCACAACCACCUGCGUUUACAAGCCAGAAGCCUACUGGAACAACAGCAGCCACAAGAGAGUGGCUCUCUCCGUCCAUUACAUCCUCCGGGCUCUCCAGAACACACUGUCUGAAACCUCCAAGCUGCUCUUUGAAAAGCUUCUGCCUUGCGGGGUCAUCAAGUUUCGGUACAUCUGGAUCUGCUGGUUUGCUGCCUUAGCCAUAGGAGGUGCCUACAUUUCCUGUUCCAACCCCAAACUCAAACUCCCGACUCUGGAGACGUCGUCCGUCCAAGUGUUCAGGCUGAGCCAUCCCUUUGAGAGGUACGAUUCCGAGUACUGCCACCAGUUCAUGUUUGAGAGGCUGGAGCACGGAGAAGGGCAGCGUAUGCCUGUCACCAUAGUCUGGGGCAUUCUGCCCGUGGAUAACGGGGACCAUUUCAAUCCAAAAAGCAAUGGCACCCUAGUGACAGACACCACCUUUACCAUCCAAAACCCUGAUGCCCAGAAGUGGCUCCUCGAAUUCUGCCAAAAAGUGAAGAACAGAACUUUUUAUUACCCUGAUGCAGAACAGAAGUCUACUGUGUGCUUCAUGGAGGAGUUCCUCAGGUGGAUGAACAGUCGCCAGUGCUCCCAGCGAGACCACAGCUUCAACCUUUGCUGUAACCAGUUCUCCUUCCCUUACAGAAGCGAAGCCUUCCUGCACUGCAUCAAAAUGAUGCUCCUGGAAGAGGGCAGGGAAGGGGCAGAAACACAUGAUAUGGGCCUCAGGUUUGAUGGGGAGGGAAAUGUCGCUGCCUUAGUGCUGCAGUUUCAAACUAUCUAUCAUUAUACCUUCAACUAUAGCAGAGCCAAACAAUUCUAUGAGGAAAUCAGCCUCUGGAUAACAGAGGAAAUGAAAACUGCCCCUGUGGGGCUUCAGAACGGAUGGUUUACCAGUAAACUAGAGCUGUACAACCUCCAGCACAGUCUCAGCACAGAAACCAUGGUGGUCAUGGGGCUCUCCAUAGCCAUUUCCUUUGUGGUGCUGCUGCUCACGACCUGGAAUGUUCUCCUUAGCGUUUUCUCCGUUACUGCCAUUGCAGGCACCGUCCUGGUAACCACCGGCCUCUUGGUCCUCUUGGAGUGGCAGCUCAACGCAGUGGAGUCUCUCUUCAUUUCAGCUGCAGUCGGUCUCUCUGUUGACUUCACUGUCAACUACUGCAUCUCCUAUCACCUGUGCCCCCAUUCCGACCGCCUGAGCCGAGUGGCCUUUUCCCUGAAGCAGAUGAGCUGUGCCACAGCCAUGGCAGCUUCUGCUCUCUUCUCUGCAGGGGUCAUUAUGCUGCCUGCCAUGGUGCUGGCGUACAGGAAGCUGGGCAUAUUCAUCAUGAUGAUCAAUUGUAUCAGCUGUGGGUUUGCCAGCCUCUUCUUCCAGUCGCUCUGCUGCUUCUUCGGCCCAGAGAAGAAUUGUGGGCAGAUCCUCUGGCCUUGUGCCCACACCAUGAAAGACUACUCUGAUGACUCCGGGCCGAACGGAAACUUUGCCUGUGGGGGCAGCGAGAAGCAAAACCGGUUGCGGAAGGUCCAGGAGUCCAACACUGCAAAUGAGCAAUAUGAGCUCCAACCCUUGUCUAGGAAACUCAGCGACAGUUUUGACAACAGCACUUCCACAAGCAAGCUGUCCAACCGGCCCUCUGUGCUCUCUGAAGACAUACAAGUUGAAGACAACAGAUGCCCUCGAGUGGGAACGCACCCCUCCGUGGAAAGAGAGAGACAGAGUCUGCAGGACCCGCUCGGAGACCAGCAGAUCAGCCUGUGCCAGUGUCCUGCCUUGCAAACUUCCUCUCCUUACAAGCACAGCACCUCAGAAACAGAAAUUCACAGGGAGAGACUCUGCCGAGAUUGCCGCUGUCAAAAGUAUGGUCUGAAAGCAUGGGAUGGGUCUGGGCUGGAGCACAUCCAGCCAGCUGGCAUGAAAGAAGAAGGGCAGCUCAAUAAAUCCCAGUGCUCCAGUGACACUGCCCAGCAGCAGUCAGAUUAUACCUCAGACCACAGCCCUCUCCCUGCUGCUGACAUCUACAAAAUUCACAGAUGCCUUUGUUCUCUUGGCAGCUCUUUUGAUAUGCUCAACAUCUCCAGCGAGACGUCAAUCAGCGAUUUCGAGCAAGGCCUGAAGCUGGCGGAAUCAGCCAGUUCCUGUCCCGAUGCCUUAGAGCUGUCUGACUCCUACGGUACCGAGCGAGGGUACCUGAACGGGAAGAGAGAUACCCUGCGGCUGGACCUGAGGGAGACGGUCUUUGAUGUCUCUCCAGCUGCAUCACAGCAGAACAGCUCUUCGUGGAAAAAUCGCUUUGGAGUGGGGAACGAAGGGCCGGUCGUGCUGCCCAACAGCCAGCCAGACAUGCCUGAUGUCUGGAUCAAACGAUCCAGUGCACAAAGUUCUGGUUACAACAGCUGAGACCUCGCAGAAAGCAAAGCUGCUGCCAGGGAAAGGGGAAGCCUGAAUGUCCUUAGAGCUGUAAAUAUCAAUUUUUUCCUCCCACCUCUCCCAGAGCUGAGACUGAGACUAUUUCUUAGCAUUUCAGCUGUGCAAACCGUGUGUUUUCACAGGAAUUAGCAGAUCUGAUGCCAGUGAGGAUGUGAGAGCCAUCGUGAUGGACUACAAGCCCUUUGACUUCCAGUGUGUGGUGCCAUGUUCAGAGCUGUUCACAGGACUUACCGAGUACACCUGGUUUGUCAUUUCCUACAAGGUGAUUAGGUUUUGUUUGCUUGAGAUAAAUUAUGAGGUGAAGCUCCCCAGGUAUUUAAUGACAGAGAAAGAGAGCUCAUGUUAAAAAAAAAAAAAAAUCCCAAAACUGAACUACUGAAAAUCUAGGUAUCAAGUGAAGUGUAUUGUGAAUAAUAAAAAAUAAAGUAUUUAAUUUUCUAUUUUAUGCAAAGUCCAGAUCUACAGACCCCAUCCAAAUAGCUCAGAUAUUACUAAAAGUCCUGUCAAGAUUUCUGAGUUGACACAGCUUCUUCCUGACUGUGGAAGAGGCUGUAGAAUCCAGCCCAAACCUAUUUCCAGUAACAACUUCUGCUUGUUUUAUCUGAAGGAAUUUUAAUACUGCCAAAGAUUUUCAGUGUGAAUUUCCCCCUUGAAGGAUUAAGUUCUUGUCCCCCCCAAACUCAGGUGCCUUGUUGUGUCCUCUUUACAGAGUGUUUCCACUCAAGGCAUUCCCCUCAAACAUAUAACUUUUUAAAAUUCACAUAUCUGGUGAAUCUUGAAUUUUAAGGUUUUUCCCCUCUCUACCAUAAACAAACAGGAAAACAAAUAUUUAUUUGCCCUUAUUUGUUGAAAAAUAAAACAUUCUCUCUACAAGUUGACAUACAAUAAAUGAUUAUAACAACCUUUCCUAAAA